AUGAACAAGCCCAAGCUCCCAGAAGAGGCUACCCAGCCAGUCCCUGAAGCGCGCUACAACAUGCGCAAGCGUCCUGCCAAACCGAUCACGGAGUCUUCCAAGCGCGUCUAUCGUACUCGCGGCGGUCUCGUCUCCUUGCGGAAAACACCAAAAGACCUCGUCCCCAUCGUCAAGUCCAACACGCAACAGUCUCCCCUUCUCCGUCUUCCCGCCGAACUUCGAAACAAGAUCUUCAGGCACGGAAGCACCCGCGAAUGGCGCCACCUCAACAGCGAUAACGACGUCUUCCGGUCAACACCUGCCAACAUCGCCCUACCGCGCGUCUGUCGUCAAAUUUACUCCGAAACAGCUACUCUAGUAUACUCCGAGAACUUGUUUUCCUUUAACAACGUCUUUGAACUCGAUCGCUUUGUCGCUUCACGCAAACAUGCUCAGCUCGAAGCCAUGACGAUGAUUAUGGUUGAUAUAAGUUGGGGCGCGUUUCAGAGCGGAAGCGAGGCUCUGAAGAUGGUGCUUAGGAGCCUGGGUAGAUGCAAGGGGUUGAAGAAACUGUAUAUGGGAGAGCUUAGGGGUCUAUGGAGCACCAAGAAGGAGUUUGCUCGUGUGAAAGAAGCGGAAGCUGCAGUUGCAAAAGGCCAGGCAGGAGAGCUUCAGGACAUAAUCCGCCUGAGUACUUCGCAUGCUGAGCGCAUACGUCGAACCCAAGAGAACCAGGCAAACUCCCCUCUCCUCCGUCUUCCACCUGAGCUUCGUAACAUCAUCUACGAGUAUGUGUUACGUAUGGAUCAUCCGAUAGAGAUGAUAAGAACAGCGAUGAGGGACCGAGCCGGCCACAAGCGACAUCUUCUCGCCCUCCUUGGAAGCUGCUCGCAGAUCAACACAGAGACCGCUAUGCUGCCCUACACUCUCAACGUCUUUGCUGUGACGGGUUUUAGUUCCAAUGCAUGGAAGCUACUUCAUCACACCGGCCAGAAGCAACUACAGGCUAUUAAGAGGAUGCAACUUAGGACAGCUGUGGGGAGUAUAGUCAUGGGACUAGAGGACGAUAUGGCCUCUUUAAGGGGCUUAGAAAUGAUUGAGAUACGGGACAGCCAUGGCCGGUGGAACGAGGAUCUGAUCCGACGGAUAAAUAUGCGUUUGCCAGGCGUUGUUAUUUCUAAGAUCGAGGCGUUUCCUUAG